CAUCUGGGCCAGAGUCCAGGCCUAGAACUAUUUGGAGCUUUCAGGACCCUUGGCUCUUCACCACACCCGCCUCGUCUCCAUACUCCCCACCUCCAGCCCCAGCCCACUCCUUUUUCAUUCACAUCCCACAUCUGUUCUGGAAACCUAAGAUGUCCCCAGCCCACGGACCCUACCAGCCUUCCGAGCCUCCUAGCCCUUUGAUACUUCAGAGCUUUACCCAGGCUCAGAUUCUGCCCACAGCCCCUGAGUUUCCCUUGAAAUGCCCACCCCUGCCCUAAACCAUGCCAGAUCCCUAGGGCUCCUGGUCUAAUGGUGUGCAGCUCCCUGGCCGGGCCCACCAGAUAUCUCCUUUCCCAUUAGAAACCUCCUAAACCCCUUCUCAACUAGACUGCUCCUCAGCUAGCCCUACUGUCCUUUACCUCCACCCUCCCCUCAGGAGUGGACCCCAUCCCAGGAACUGACAGGCUAGACGCGGGCUGCAGAUGCAUUCACAGGCCUCCCGCUUCCCGGUGGAGCUGGGCUCUGUGAGGGAUUCGGAUGCCCAAUUGGAGCGUCUACAUCGCCUAGCUAUGGCUGGAGGCCCAUGCUGGGGCCUGGCUAGGCUUCUGCGCAGAGUUGUUCAGGUAGAUGGUGAGAACUCUGCUGGGCAGACAGCACUCUUCCUGUCCGCACUACUGGGCCAUACUUCUGCCGUGCGCCUUCUACUGGCCUUCGGCGCCAACCCCAACCACCGCUGCCUUGAUGGCAGCACACCCAUGCAUGCAGGUGCCUCCUCCGGCCGAGGCUUGGUGUUGUGGCACCUGCUGCAGGCAGGAGGUGACCUGCGUCUGCGUGACCAGCAGGGUCGCACGCCUCGAGAUUGGGCUGAGCAGGGUGAUGCCAAGCAGAGCUGGGAAGUGCUGGAGCUGUUGCAGUGGUGCCGGACCCACAUGUCAGCACUGGUGCAGAGUGGGGAGUUGGCGCCCAGUGUGUCCCUGAGUCAGCUGCAAGCUAGCUCUGGGCACAGCCUGUGUGGCUCUCUGCCCUCAUUAAGGCUGGUCCAGGCAGACAGGGCACUGAGGCAAGGGCAGACCAGAAGAUCCCCCAAAACCCCAGCGUUGGGGUUCGGCCAGCUGAGCAGCAUGCAGCCACCGGCACUGGUAAUGGGCAUCCCAGUAAUAGACCCCAAGGAGCUGGUAGCAACCCAGGGUGAGCCUGGCCGCACCUAUGACAGCAGUUCUCAUACCGUCAUGGCCAACCUCCUGUGGAAGGGCCACCCGGUUACUGUACGGCAGCUGAAGAGCCCCGAAUCCAGCCCUGACGUGCUAUUGGCUGACCUUCAGCACUGCAGCAUCCUGCACCACCCUGGCCUGCUGCUGCUGAUGGCACUGAGCCCCUCAGAGGACCUGUCCAGACUGAGUCUACUCUUUGAGCCCGUGUGUCUGGGCUCCCUUUAUUUCCUGCUGCAUUCUGUGGGAGCGGAUGAGGAGGGUCCUCCAGUUCUGCCAGGCCUGCUGCCCGGCCCUCUGCUGCUACAGGUGUUGGAGGCCCUGUUGUUCCUGCAGUCCCGCUGCUGGGCCCACGCUGGCCUGACUUCCCAUGCUGUGCAGCUCGUGCGGCCAGGCCUGGCUAAGGUGAGCCACCUAGAACACGGGCGUCCACUGCACCAGCCCAGGCUGCAGCCCAGGCUUCAAAAAGACUGCUCCCAGAGAGACCCAAAUCCAGGGCUGCCCCCACCCCCUGAACUAUACCCAUGGCUACCACUUGAGCUGAUCCAUGGUGACAUGCCAGCCACUACCUCAGACCUCUACAGCUUCUGCAUCCUGGCCCAGGAGGUCUUCACUGGAGAGCUGCCCUGGGCUGGAGGAGAGGGGCCUGAAGUGAAGGCUAAGCUAGAGGCAGGCCAGAGUCCAGGCCUGGACCCCUUGCUGCCAGCCCCCUACCAGGCUCUGGUUCAAGCUGGGCUGGGUCUAGAGCCUGCCGACCGCUGGGGCAGCUUACAGAGCAGUCGGUACCUGCUUCGAAAGGCCAUGGCCAAGGAUCUGGCACCCAAGGGCAGCUCCCCACUAGAAUGGACAACACUGUCUCCUGUAACCCUGGGUUCCCUGCCAGAGCAUCUGUACUGUGAAGGGGCUCCCAGGACCAGGGCCAAGGCCAGAUCCAGGCUUGUGCUCCCUUUCGCAGACCCUUCUCAGUCUCUGGAGACUCCUGAGGUCACAGGUCACAGUAGAGACCAGCAGAAUGCAGCCUGGGACUCCGGCAGUAGCUUGACGCUAGGCAGUAGCCUCUGUCCCAGCCCCAGCCCCAGCCCACACUGUUGCCCGGAGCCCAUCUCAAUAAAACCUGAUAGUGAGGACCAUGAGCUGACAGAAGGCAGUCUCCUCUCCAGCCUACAGGAGAUGGAUCUGCUGGAGGAGAUCAUGGCAGAGCUGCAGAAUAAGUGUCACCUCGAAGACAAGCCUAGGCUGAGUCCUACUCUUAGCCCAGACUCCUAGGGUGCCCUCCCUGCAGUGUCUCCCUGCAGACACUGCCCUGGGCACCCUCCCAAGACUGACCCCAACCCUCAAUGUUUGCCUCAAAGCAAAGAACAUGGGAAAAUCCCCA